CGCCCGGCCGCAGGACACUUUCUUCUUGGGAGAACUUUGCGUUGCGAGGAGGAGGAAAAGCCGGGACGGAAUCGCAGGCAUGGACAUCGCCAUCAGCCACCCCUGGUUGCGCCGCGCCAUGGGCUUCCCCUCCAUGAUGCCCUCGCUCUUCCCGGGGCGGCUCUUCGACCAGCGCUUCGGGGAAGGGCUCCUGGAGAGCGACCUCUUCUCCCCGACCCUCUCGCCUUACUACAUGAUGCGCGCCCCCAGCGUCCACGUCCCGGAGACCGGACUCUCCGAGAUGAAGAUGGACAAAGACAAGUUCUCUGUGUUGCUGGACGUGAAGCAUUUCUCCCCAGAGGAGUUGAACGUGAAGGUGGUGGGUGACUACAUUGAGGUCCAUGCCAAGCACGAGGAACGCCCGGAUGAGCAUGGUUACAUCUCCCGGGAGUUUCACCGCCGCUACAUGAUCCCCAAAGGAGUGGAUCCAGCGGCCAUCACCUCAGCCCUCUCUCCGGACGGUGUGCUGUCCAUCACAGCACCCACUGCCCAAGCGAUUGCCGGCCAGGAGCGGAGCAUCCCCAUUACCCGCCAGGAGAAGCCUGCCGUUGCCGGGAAGUAAUGGUCCUGUGGUUCUUUGCAGUGGCUCAGGCCUAGUUUCCCCUCGCUUGUAGCUUCAAGGGCUGCUCAUCUGGAGCUUUGGAAGAAAUGACAUUUCUGGUUCCGCCAAACCUCUUUCUGGGCGUGGUCUGACAACAGAGACUUUUGCCUUUCAAUGCAAUUUGACAGCAUUUGUAUGGGAUCUUCCAGAAAUAAAUAUUGGGCCUUCUUUUUUUGGUUUACCAGUACCUUUCUGUGCUACUGAACUCACUUCCUUUGUAUGAAUUCAUAUACUGCUAACUUCCAUUACAUGUAUUAGUAUAAAUGUCAUCUGAGGGUUACUUGCUAAUAAACCUGAAGUUACAAUCCU